GGAGAUUAGCGUUGUUGUAAUUCAUCAUGGCGAAAACAGAUUGCAGUCUCCAACAACCUCAAUCCGCGAGGGACGAUGACAACUGGCCGACGCUCAAGUACUUGGAUUUCGUGGUGGUCGCCACCCUUCACGCGCUGAUGCUCAUCGCCAGCAUCUACGGUUUUGCCAAGGAGAGAUCAGGCCGCCUCAAGCCCGGAAUUAAAGUCGUUGAGGACUCUGUCAGGACCGUUAUCGGUCCGCUUUACUCUAAAUCACACGAUCUUCCCAUUCGUGUCCUCAAGUUUGCGGAUCGCAAGGUUGAUGAGUCUGUGCACAAGGUGCAGAAGUGCAUGCCCUCAUCUCUGAGGAGCGCAUCUUUCAAAGCCUAUAACCAUGCUCGGAAAGCACCUGUUGCUGCUCGGUGUGUGAUGGCUGAUGUCCAGAAAAGUGGCAUGGUGGAGACGGCUUCUGGACUUGCAAAAUCAGUGUGUGCCAAGUACGAGCCAGUAGCCAAGGACUUGUACACCAAGUAUGAACCAAUGACCGAGGAGUAUGCACUGCAUGUUUGGCGUUUGCUGAACCAGUACGUCCUCUUCUAACGAGCUGCUCUAGCUGCUGGUCCACUAGCCGGUUACUGCUCGGAGAUGUACAACCAGAAGGUUGAAGUUGCUGCCAAGAGUGGGUACAAGGUGGCAGCACAUCUUCCAAUCAUACCUAUUGACAAGAUUGCAGAGGCUAUAAGGACUGAUAAUAUGACACCUGUAGUCAUUGAUGGCGGCCGGGUAGAAGAAGAAAUAACGACCUAGUAAUGAUUCUUUAGCUGGCGGGAACGACAGAGUUCUCUACUAGAAGUAGGUACGUGUUUUAAGCAGUUUUUUGGAACUAGUAUUUAGUUUUAGAAAGAUUUUUGAUAAUCCGUUUGGGACGUAUGGAUUAUGCUUUGAGACAGGGGUCAGAUUUACCAUUGCAUCAACUUGAUAAAUUUGGUUUGUUUUAUUCUUUCCUAUAUGAUUAUUGAUUAUCCAUUCCCAUCCCCUUUGUAAUUGCUUCAUGCCAUGGUGAGACAUAUA